AUGGGAUGGUUCAGCAGUUCCCGACGGCAUAAGAAGUCCAAAUCCGAACAUGCAGUGACACCGCCUCUGCCCCCAAGGGGCCAGGUCACUACCGCCCCUGGGAAGCCGAUCCCACAGGUGCGGGUGCAGCAGUCGCAGUCCCAGUCGCAAGCCCUGUACACAAUACCGGCAGCGUCAGCAACCACAACGUCGGUGAAGCCUCACCACCAAUCCCCGACUCAUCCGUAUCAUCAUCAGACUGCGUCUUCGGUGCACUUAUCGCCCUCGCGUUCGAGUCCGUAUCGGCAUCGGGUCUCGUCAUCGGCGCAGCUGUCAUCUCCGUCUUCGCAUCCGUCGACGUCCAGCAGUUCGCUCGCAAAAUGGCAGUCCUACACGAGCCUCUCCGGGAUGGUCUCGCAGACGGUCGGAAUUGCCAAUACGACCAUGACCGGAUUGGAGCAUCAAAUGAAGGAAUACAUGUCCUGCGGAGUCGACGCGUACGGGGUCAUGUUGCGAAAACUUGAUAACGUCAUCACGUCCAUGGACGAGGGGUUGUUUACGGGAAAAGAUAAGAUGGGUGAGCGCCCAUCGGACGCUGCGGCACAUACAUCGGCGGACAAGGACAAGUCCAGCAACUCGAAUGCCUUGACCUUUUUUUCCAAGGUCUAUCUUUACACUAAUUCCCGGCUACCUCCUCAACUACCCCCUUUGAACCUCUAUCCGGCCGGUCACGCGCUGCUGCGUCUUGCCGCCCAGUACUCCCGCAAUGUCUACAAACGACCCAGCGCCGAGAACAAUCCCGCCUACUUCGACGCGGACUAUCGAAACGGCACCAAAGCCAUGGUCAUCAAGUCGCUGGCGGUCGACGACAUGAAGACGGUGGUCAUCGCCAUCCGCGGCACGCAAAGCUUCCACGACUGGGCCGUCAACAUGAAAACGGCCCCCACGGCUCCACGUGGCUUUCUCGACGACCCGUUCAAUCUCUGCCACGCGGGCUUUUUAUCGGUGGCGCAGAAAAUGGUGCAUCCAGUGGCCUCGCGACUGCGCGACCUGCUAGCCGAGGAUCCCAGUCGAGCCAACUACUCGAUCCUGAUCACCGGACACUCGGCUGGCGGCGCCGUGGCCAGUCUCUUAUACUGCCAUAUGUUUGCGGCAACGGGGGGAUCCGAGCUGACGCAUCUGCGCACGUUCUUUCGAAACGUGCACUGCGUGACGUUUGGCGCGCCACCAGUUUCAUUGCGACCGUUGGCUCCGUUCGACCCUUCGUCCAUCUUCUUCUCCGUCGUCAACGAGGGCGAUCCCGUCCCGAGGGCCGACAAGACCUAUGUUUCCUCCCUCAUGAAUCUGUACAUGUCUCCGGCUCCAAUAUCACGGUUGUACGGGAGACAUCGUCCGAGCAAGCCGGCUCUGUGGCGCAUUCCGCCUGCUACAUUGUCUGUCGCGGGCCAGGUGAUCGUCCUCCGCAAGCGAGAUGCUACCGGUACAUAUUCAGCCGUGCCCGCCGAAUCCGUGGAGGCGUGCAUGACGACCGACGCGGUUCUUCGACAGGCGGUAUUUGGCGAUCCGUUGAUGCACAUGAUGGAUCUCUACGCACGGCGAAUCCACGACCUGCCUGGCAAGCAAAUUAAAUACUAA